UCAUAUAACUCUUAAUUUGACAGAGCCAUGACGGAUUUCUGCGCUUGGCACGGGCCCUCUCCGUCUCACCCACUGAAAUAACCCUCAAUGAAAGACAGACUAUGUAAAGAGAGAGACCAGGCCAGUGUAGAUCUGAAGCUGUCAUCCUCAGGAGCGUACAGAGUCGACGGCUCAAUCCCUAAACGCCCGGAUGAGAGCAGCAGUAGCAGGCGACAUUCAGCAGCAGCAGGGGCAACAUGGUCGUAUGAGUCAGCCGCAGUCUUAGGACAACCAUUCCCCCGGUGGGGACGACGGCCACUGCUGGAAUCUGUGACAUUUUCGACGCAACCCACGGAGGAGAACGGUUCUGGGAAAAUACAGACGGAGAUAGAGGCGUGGAGGCGGAGAGGAACGGCACAUUUCCCCCUCUUGUGGUGUCCAAUUUCGUUGGUGAAGGACCGUGCAGACAGACUGUCUCACACUAAGCUAUGGAAUGCUCCCUGCACCCACCAUCACUAGUCUCCAAUCUUUGGACUGAGCUCCAAACGCUUAGUUAGCGGCUGGGCUUCUCCCCUCGAACUCUUGCUAACCAGGGGACGAAGAAAAGGAGCGGACUUGUCCUCCGCUAAAAAACGCACAGAGCACUUCAUUUUUUUUGUUUUUUAUUAUUAGAAUAUUUAAGCUAGCUUUUCUCAGUUUGGAUUUUUGUCUGCUGAAAUCACAUCAAGAUGGAUCUGGAACCGUACCUAUGGAUGGUGAUUGUUGGCUUCAUCAUUGCCUUCAUACUGGCCUUUUCAGUGGGCGCCAAUGAUGUGGCCAAUUCCUUCGGCACAGCGGUGGGAUCUGGUGUGGUCACGCUGAAACAGGCCUGUAUCCUGGCAUCUAUCUUUGAGACACUGGGCUCGAUGCUGCUGGGGGCCAAAGUGGGUGAGACGAUUCGAAAGGGCAUCAUAGAUGUCAAUCUGUACAAUGAAACGGUGCCCGUACUCAUGGCAGGGGAGGUCAGCGCCAUGGUCGGAUCAGCAGUCUGGCAGCUAAUCGCCUCCUUCCUCAAACUGCCGGUCUCUGGGACUCACUGCAUUGUUGGUGCUACCAUCGGCUUCUCCAUGGUGGCCAUCGGCACCAAGGGAGUACAGUGGAUGCAGCUUGUCAAGAUUGUGGCAUCGUGGUUCAUCUCCCCCUUGCUCUCUGGACUCAUGUCUGGACUCCUCUUCAUGCUUAUCAGGCACUUCAUCCUCAGCAGGGAUGACUGUGUCCCUAAUGGCCUGCGAGCGCUGCCCCUGUUCUACGCCACCACGAUUGGGAUCAACACAUUCUCCAUCUUGUACACUGGAGCACCACUGCUCGGGUUAGAGAUGCUACCGGUGUGGGCCAUCUUUCUCAUCACUUUAGCUGAGUCGCUGGUCUGUGCAGGUCUGGUCUGGGUAUUCGUCUGUCCCUGGAUGAGGAGGAAAAUAGCAAGUCGUCUAAAGAAGGAGCAGGCUCUGUCCAGGAUCUCGGAUGAAAGCCUGGACAAGAUACCUGAAGAGGAGGAGGAGAGCCCUGUCUUUAAGGAGCUACCAGGAGCCAAGGGUACAGAUGAGGCUGUGCUGCCACUCACGGGUGGCAGCAGUGAACGGGGCAUGCGCGACUCCAGUGGAGAGCUCACCAACCUGGCUAAUGGAGGCACCAUCCUGCCUAACGGCAGGGUGUACGGCCGGACCCACUCGAUGACCAACGGCUGCCUCAAGUCACCCGUCUCCAAUGGCAGCUUCAGCUUUGACGGCCACAUGCGCAGUGAUGGCCAGGUGUAUCACACCGUGCACAAGGAUUCAGGUCUCUAUAAGGACCUGCUUCAUAAAAUCCACCUCGGCCGCAUGGAUGACAGCGACCGCUCAGGCUCCAACGCCGGCCCAGCUGACAACAAUUACCGCCUGCUGCGCCGCAACAACAGCUACACCUGCUACACAGCAGCUAUAUGCGGCAUGCCCGUGCAGCCGCUCAUCCGCACGGAGUCACGCGAGGACAGUGAAAAGCUGGUGGGAGAGGGAGGCGGCAGGAGCAACAGCGUGUCCUACUCCAAGAAGAGGGUACGCUACGACAGCUACUCAUCGUACUGUAACGCCGUGGCAGAGGCUGAGAUCGAGGCGGAGGAGGGUGGGGUGGAGAUGAAGCUGGCCACAGAACUGGAGGGGGUGGAGGAAGAAGGCGCUCCGGCUCCAGUGCCUCUGGACGACUUGACUGAGGAAGACCAGGAGGAGAAGGAUAAGCCUGAGGUGUUCCUGCUUUUCCACUUCCUGCAGAUCCUCACCGCCUGCUUCGGCUCCUUUGCCCACGGAGGAAACGAUGUCAGUAAUGCCAUUGGGCCCCUGGUGGCGCUGUGGAUGAUCUAUGACCAGGGUGGUGUCAUGCAAGAUGCCCCCACUCCUGUCUGGCUGCUAUUUUACGGUGGUGUAGGCAUCUGUGCUGGCCUGUGGGUGUGGGGGCGCCGAGUCAUCCAGACCAUGGGGAAAGACCUAACUCCCAUCACCCCCUCAAGUGGAUUCACUAUUGAACUGGCUUCUGCACUCACAGUCGUGUUGGCUUCCAAUAUCGGAAUCCCUGUCAGUACCACGCACUGCAAGGUGGGCUCAGUCGUGGCCGUAGGUUGGAUUCGCUCCCAGAAGGCCGUGGAUUGGCGCCUCUUCAGGAACAUCUUCCUGGCAUGGUUCGUCACAGUGCCCGUGGCCGGCCUGUUCAGCGCUGCUGUCAUGGCCCUGUUCUUCUAUGGCAUCCUGCCCUUCAUCUGAGGGCACGUGGACGGGAGGGAGAAUGGAGGAAGAACGAGAGAGUCAGAGAGGGAGAGAGAGAGAGAGAGAGAGAGAGAGAGGGUAACUUGGGUAAAAAUCAUAGCUCGAGUGUUGGGGUUGCAGAUAAAGGUGAAGGAAAUGAAGAGAGGGGAAAAGGGCAAGGGUGACGGGAGCUCAGAGGUUUACAGAUGGACUUGGUUGUACUGAGGAUGUGAGGAGGGUUGUUUCAUAUACUGCCUGGCUCCGCAGUCCAGAGAUCUUUUCGACUCACUUGAGUUCUGAUCGGUUUUUAUUUAUUCUCGUUUUGGGUGCAUAAGAAAGUGUGGAACCAACGCGUUCACCAUACCAUUCAAUCUGCUGUACAUAUGACAACAGUAGGGGGAUUUUCAGUAAUUCUUAACAAAAAUUACUGUCGUUGGAGAAGCGGUAGGAGUAAUUUUCUGUCUCUUCAUUAAGGAAAAUAUCACAAGUUAAAAGAAAAUUUAAAAAAAUGUGGCACUCUGUUAAAAACAACCCAUUCUGCACACCUAAACCGACAAACAUGCCUGCAGUAAAACUAUAUCAUUCUGCCUGCAAUCCCAGGUAGCAUAGACGGUCAAGUGCUUAUUAUGAAUAUUAUUGUUCCAAAAUGCCAGAAAAAAAAACUGUACAUAAUGUUAUAUUGGAUUGAGUGUGAUCUGUUGUAUUGCGGCUUGCUUUAAAGUUAAAAAAGAAAAAAGACAAAGAAAAGAUGUGCAUGUGGUCAACCAACCCAUCCAUCAUCUCACUUUUUAACAUGCUAGCCAGGUACAAUUAGGGCCAAAUGGAAAGGUCGCCUCAGAGAGGGGUGGUGGGACUGUCACUCUGCUUUUGUUUGUUUUAUUUUCCACAUGAUACCAUAGAAACCCGAUUUGCUCAAGAAUUGAUUUUUGUCAAAAGCUCCUGUAUGUUUUUAGAGAUGGAUCUCAUAUUUUUUAAUGAUGUAUUAUACUGUAAUUUGUACUGUAAAUACUGUCCUUAAAGAGUGGGGGACGGGUGGGGGAUCAUGGUUUGUUUGUAAUGUCAUAGGGAGGUUGUUCAGGGGGGGUGGGGGUGGGAAAGGGGCUCUUUACCUUUUGAUGAUGUCAUAUUAUAGAGUAUGUUUCAUCCCGGAGUACACACUCAAUGAACACACACAUGACAGGCUGCUGUUUUGCAGAAGUAUAUUGAUUAGAUAACAGUGUUUUAAAUGCAAAAGUGAUGAACCGAACAUAUAAAUGUUCCAUUCCUUCUUUGAUUCAUCAGUAAAUUCAACAGUAUUGAUUGAGUAUGGGAAGAUAUUUAGUUAAAGGGUUUCUUCUUAGUUGGUUUUCAGGUUUAGGUGCAGCAGAAGCCAAAACACUAAACUAAGACAUAAACACUGAUAUGGUCCCGUAAAAUGUUCACAUAUCUUCAUCCCUAUGCCUUUUUGUUUUCAUACUUAGAGCUAAGUUACUGGUGUCAUUUGAAGGCUCACUGCCAUUGAUCAACCUCUAAACUCUCCAUUUCCGGGGUCAUUUCAGAUCUCCCGCCAUGUUCACCAGUCAGAUUACAUGCCUUUGUCCAUGGUUUGGCAACCAUAAACCUCUUGUCUCAUACCCCUUAUGUGACAAAUCUAAUAUGCCCCCCAAAGGCUGAAGCCUAUUAUGUGUCAUAUCAAACACCAACUGUUGUAUUAUAACUCUAUAACCAGUUAUGCAGAGGUGCAAAAAAGGGGAUUUCAACCCCGAGCCACAGUUGUAGCUCCUCAGAACAGGCUGGUUGUUGUUGUUGUUUGAACCGUAGAAGCAUUUAGUCUAUUGAUCACCUGUGUUUCAAUCUAAGUGCUGAAGGUUGCGUAGAUAUCAUGGCAUCAUGUUUAGGGGGCUGCGCUGAAUCCUAGUGGGCGCUUUCAGGCUGCCCAUGUCACGAAAAAUAUCACAAAUAUCGUCUUAGGAUCAUUAUGUUUGAUUGAGAUGGUAUCAGGUGUGGGGUUGGGGGGGUAGUACUGAUCAUCACCAGCUUUUUAACAGGGUCACCUGUAGAUGAACAAAGUCUAAAGCUUUUUUUAUUUGAACAAACUCGAUGCCAGGUGUUGCAAGUUCUUUUUGUUCUUGUGGUGUGUUUCCUAAUUUCAUUUUUUUUUUUUCCUCUCAUGAACAAAUCUAUGCUUAAGUAGCCACUUGCCUUGUAACAUUGUGUUUUAUUUCGUGCAGAGAUACAGUAAAAUUAUUAAGUACUGUGGUGUUUACAUCGUAACCAUAUUGUAGAGUAUCUGAAAAAAAACUGUUGCCUAAUGAUGCCAAUGAAAGAAAAACUAUUAACCAUGAACUUUUAAGUGCAAGUAAAAAAAAAAAAGAAACCAACAAAUAACCUGAAGUGUCUAGAGAGAGAAAGAGAGCGAGAGCAAGCGUGCGCGCGGUGACUCGUUUUUGUUGCGUUAACACUACAUGUAUGGGUGCAAUUCAUUAAUGAAGAGAGCGACUAGAGAAAUUUCAUCAAGACUAUAUAUUUUUCUACCAUAUCUGAGUUUUAACCUGGGCGAGCUUCCAGACACUUAGGAGGACAUGCUGUGGAGGUCGAUGGGAAAUUGGAAAAGGAGGACUUGUUGUUGUAAGAUCACAGUGAUGCUUAGUUAACGGUCUUAUUACAGGGUGCCAUGUGCCACACAUCCUCUAAAGCCCAGCGUGUUCUCCUAACAUGUAGAUUGAUGUGUCGGUUGCCAAUAGAUCAGAUUUUUAAAUUACCAUUUUUAUUUUUGAAUUUUAGAUGAAAACACUUUGUAAUUUUGUUUCCCUAACUGCUUUAAUCAUGAGCUGUUGAGAGCAGGACAGCGUCUUGCUAAAACCUGGACGAUUGCUCACCGAAGGCGAAAUCUUGAAGCAAACUCUCGGCAGUUGAGAAACUUUAAUCGUAAACUUGGUAACUGAUAACUGGACUGUGAGGACAUUUGUUUCCUUGUUUUGGCAGGUAACCACUCUUGAAGCUCAUACUUUUACUCUUUCACAGGCUGAGUGUUACCCGGGGGGGCUGCACAGACACGGGUGUUUUCAGAUUCUCUUUGUACUCUUGUACGGUAAAGUUGCCCGGAGGAAGUCCAUUUUCAAAAGAAUGAUGCACAAGAGAUCUGGCCUCGUUUUCCCACUGCAAUAUCAAAGAUCUACAGCUUGUAGAUCAGAUUGUGUCGAACAGCAGCAACUGUGGCCAUAAGUCACAAAUGCGUGAUAGUAGAUGUGCUAAAUCAUACUUUAACAGAGUUUUACUGCUUUUGACUGAUCUUUUAACUUCUUUCAAAGGUUACAUUAUAAAAUCUCAUCAAAACAUAAAAAUGCAAUUUGCAUGGAGAGCAUGCAGACUUGCGUGCACACACACUAACAUCAGACACCUUCUGUUGAAGCGGCAGAUGUAGUUUUAGCAGGCCAGAGAUGUUAAUAUGUUCUCCUGUACCAGACAGUAACAUUUGAGCACCUUGUCAUUCAUCCAAGAUUUUUAAAAAAAGUUUUGUUGGCAUGAAACAACUACAGCCAAAAGUUUUUAAAACCUCAUAGUAAUUGCAGCUGAAUAUUUAUCAAAACAUAUGUUGAUAUGUUACUGCUUAGAAAAGUUAUAGAGGCAUAUUCAACUUUAAGACACUUGACUGGCUACAACAUGAAUGUUGCUUUUGUUUGUGGUUUAGUCCACAAUGAAAUGAGACUGAAUUCCACUUUUAUGUUGGAUUAUGAGGUUUAUUAGAGGUCAGCCAGCACGCUCCAGAUAUCUGCUGUGUUCUCGAUCCCCGUGCUCUGCAGCCCCCCCUUUGUACCUCAGACUGUCAUUUCUUUUUUUGUUUUGUUUUUCCAUGCAUUCUCAGCCCUGAUAGGCCAAAAGGGAUGCACUGCUCAAGACAGGGAGGGAAAGCGAAAAUCGUCCUCUGGUGACAGCGUGAAACAUAUCUGAUAGUAAUGGCUCAAAUGUACGUCAUCAUGUUUAUUUAAAACAGUUAACAGUACAUUGUUAGUUAUAUAUUAAAGCUCACGAGACUUAAAUCUUACAUCUUUCUGUAUAACAUUCAAAAUUAAUUGCUAAGAACAACAAUUAAAAUUAAAGUUUGGAAAGAAAAUUAAAUGAAAAGGACACAAUCAUUAACAAGAAGUUUUCAGGGCCUGAAAAUUAGUCAGAUUUUAUGGAAAUCAAUUAUACACAAACUCAACUAAAAGUUUUGAUACACUUCAUAUUGUAUCCUGAAAGCCAAUAAUUCCAGUAAUUGUGCAGGUAACAUUUGCGAUGACCUUUUUAAGAAAUUGUGUUAGAUAUGAACGCAGUCACUAGAUGGCGAGGUCUGACACUUUCCCCUCCCUGUAGAGAGGGACAGCAUUUUAGACCAGUCCGUUUCAACUGAUCAGUAUAAAUCAAAGGAUGAUGUCAUUGCCAUUGAGGGAGUUACUGUGCUUCUAUUGCAUUUUAACUGUUUUGUAACAUUUUUUGUAGAGAAACAGAACGUGCCAUUUUCUUUCUCCCUGAAUGUGCAAUACAAGCUGUCUCUUGUGAAGGUCCAACUACAUUGCUGUCACUCCGUGCUCAUGUAGCUCCACCUGUCCUGGUGUAGUAGCACCCUCUACUGUUUGUAUGGAACUAGCACCACCUCACAGAGGUGGAGGGGCAUCAGUUCAGACCUUCAUCUGGAUGUGGCGUGCUGUCUCUAGUUUUCUGGUCUGGUUUUGUAAUAGAAUGUGCUCCUUUGGCUGGCCUGCAGGCUUUACAGCUCUGUGUUGUCUUUUUACUGUUUACUGCUAUUUAACUGUCCGGUCCUUCAAAAGUUUAAAAAAAAAGAAAUGAAUAAAAAAAUCAAAAUAAACCGUAGCCUGCUUCUACAAAAUCUUAAAGCUCUUCUGAUUUGCAUAUAUCGUACUGUAAUGUUUUAUUUAAGAUUUUAGUGGAAAAAAAUGUCUGCAUUUAAACUAAAUUAUGGGAAUUAAAAUUACAAAGAAUACCAA